AUCAAUUCGAAGAAUUCAGCAUCUCUUACCUGUAACCGAAAGACUUGUUCCGCUUUCCUUUAGCAACAAAAACAUCUUUGGUGCAUUAUCCCUUUAUUAUCAAGACAAGACCAUGUCUGGAUUUCACGGAUAUCUAGACGAAAUGGCAAAGUUGGAAGUCGGAAACUCUUCUUGCCCUGUAUUUACAAGUUCGGAUGUUUUGGCUCAAUCAACCGUUGCUGCCGAAUCCGUGGCUGCUUCCUUUGCAUUGCUCUUUUACUUUCUUGUGCUCCUAAUAACGGGUGUUUCGGUGACAGAACGAUGUCGAAAGCUUCUUUCACUCGAGACGACAUCGAUCUUUUUCCUCGUUGGUGCAAUCAUGGUCUCCGUUAACAUCUUCACAAAUGAGAACGAUAUCGAAAUCAAGAUGUACUAUCGCAUCGCUACAGGCUCUGGUAUCGGAAUUGUGUACAUGUUGAUCGGAGCGCUCGUGUUUUUUGAGAGGCCUCGUGGUUGUACGACUGAAUGCCGACCGCUUCAUAGACAGCCUUGUACUACACACCCCAGACCUCCGAUGACACUCGCAACGCAACAGCCGUCCAUGGGACUUGUAGUGUCCGGUAUUACGGCGCCUCUACUGAUUAUCGAGCUGUUUUUGGUCCUAGGUACCCAGACCAAGACAGGACAAGAGUCACAGAGUUAUCUCAAGUUCUUGGGCAUAAUUAUUGCAGAUAAGAGUAUCUACUUGAUCCAAAAGUUCAUUCAAGUUACUGUUUAUGUCUUCAUCCGUAAUAGGACAAUCAGACAGCAUUAUGUAGAAAAUGCACAAUUCUUUUUUAAGGUCCUAGCAUUCUUCAAUGUUGCUGAGUGGUUGGACAGCUUGGUUAACUUUGACAGUGACCUCCAACUCAGUAAGGCACAGCAAGUGUACGGAGCCCCGUUUGAGAUAAUAUCCACACUCUACCAAGCCCUAGUCAUUGACUAUCGCUUGCUCUGCGCCCUGCUUUUCCUUGAACACGCACUAGAAGCAAACAAUGAGCACCCAGAUCCGCCUCAGGAAAAUGAAGUUUACGUCGACACAAGUUUGACUCCUGCUGAGAAUAUAGGCCCAGAGAUUGUCAUUGUAACCAUGACGGCAGAAGAACGGCAAAACAGGACUGUUGGAUAUGUGUUGGGGUCCCUGUGUAUUUUUGCCCAGUUCCUUUGCCUUGGGGGAUAUUUGGCAGCACUGAAUGUGGGGGCCUGGAUCCAUGUGUUUUCCCCUGUGGUUGAUUUGUUUCUCAUUGUGUGUGGGGUGCUGCUGUUUCGGUUUAAUGACAUCAAGGCGCAGGGGAAGAAGCAUUAUGCAGGAAUGAUCACCAUGGUCUGCUGCCUUGGCGCGAUUGGCCUGACAGACUACAUCAUGAAGGCCACCCUAUCGGGUUUCUGGUCAUUAAACGAAGCCACCUUACAGCAAAAGCCGUAUUUUGGAUGGAUCUCCUGUAAGUUUGCCGUCCGAGGGGUGUUCACAGCGUUCUUGAUGUUUCUCUUCGCAAUAGUCAGCGCGGGAGAUCUAACAAAAGAUGACAACACAAACAAGGCCAACUAUUUCCUUGUUCCGUGUUUAAUGUUGGGAAUUUUCUCGGAGUUUGUCGGAUCGGCUAUUGAUCAGUACGUCGGCCUUUUGGAUGUAAAGCUGAGAUGCGAGAUCAAAGAGGCAAGCCUGGCAGUGCUUUUCGAAGCAGGGCCUCCGAUGCAUCUUGGGUUCUGCCUGCACGUUUUCUUGUGCUUCCUGAUGCUGCAAAGGAAACUGACGCGAGCCAAGGUCAUUAGGCGUAGGGUGGACGAGACCACGCCCCUAAUAGCCCCGACACAGGGCCAUUCAGGUAGAUCGUCCGUGAUAUAGCGCAUAACAGACGGCCAUCGAAUCCUUCGAGUCCUUUUAUUUUAUUUUAUUAUAUAAAAAUAAUAUAAGGUCCUUAUAUAUUACUUACAUAUUGGAAGGAACACGUAAUCCAUGUAAACAUGGACAUCGCGACACAGCUAUUUACGCCUUCAUUUUUCUUCGAAUUUAUUCGCUUUUAGAAACAACACAAAAACCGAAAACUGUUGUAAAAAAGAAAACCGUCAAAUACUCGAAAGUAUGAGCAGGCAAAAAAAGCUACAAACAUCGCAUAUAUUAUUGCGCGCGAAAAUAUAUCAGGAGUGUGGAAAGUAUUAUACUAGGCAAACUACAUUUCUAAAAUUACAUGAGUAGAACUCAGUAGAAUUCUUUGAUUAUAAAAUAAACUUUUUUAGCUAAACUGGAGCUACGAUGCGACUUUUUACCAUAUCAACCCAUGAACGAUGAUUUUGUCUAAGGGCAUGCUCGAAGAUCCAGCGUACUUUGCGUGCGCUCCCAAAGGUGAGACCGCAAAGUUCGCUGGAUCUUCGGGCAUGGUCUAAAUGUAGUCGCUCUAUCUCUUAUCGAAUGACAUGCUUUUAAGCACUCUGUUCUAAUAAUUAAGAUAAAGCCUUUAUUUAAAAUCAGUGUAAGAAAGCUAAGCUACAUUAACAUGUGCCCCUACCUAAAAUUUAUCAUAUUUACAAAUAUAAAUAAAAAAAAGCUAUUUUGUCAAA